GUCUGGAAUAAGAAAAAACCUUUCUUAAAGCUGUUCCUUCACAAAAAGAAUAUUUAAUCACUGAUCCAACAUCAACUUAAGGUAAACUAACAACAAAUAAAAUUUUUUAGUUUCCGAUAUUAUCCGUGGAAGCUUGAAAAGUCAGUAUUACAAUUACACAUUCAAACUGCUCGCUACUCAACAAAAUUGAUAAGUAAAAGGUUUUCCUUAGAUAGACCACCUUAAUGUUUUUCCCCAUGCAUUUUCAGUUCAAAUAACAUGCACAUGCAUCCAAACCUUUACAUUUAGAUGUAUUAAUCAAAUCUAUUAAAAUUUGAAGUUGAUAUAUUGAUAAAAUGUGAACAGAAGCAGCAGAAGAAUAAUUUCCACUAACCAUGGUAAGAAAAUAUAUUGAGGAAGAGAAUAACUUUUGUGAAUUGCAAAACACAUGUUUAUGUUGUAAAGAGAGACACAUAAAUAGAUACCUAAAUAUAUAGAUAUAUAUGAGUUCUCUCUGUAACAAGAACAGCUGCCAUGAACUGCUGAAAGAGUGUACAAUCAAACACAAUGCCCCGGACAGAGGCAGGAGCCAUGGACAUAUGAAUGACGCUCCUCCUGCUGGUUGUCAAUUGGCAAUGAACAUAAAUUUAUCUAUUGGCAGACUGUAUCAUGAGGUUUCUUGGAACUGUGAAAUGAUGGCUGGAGUAGCAACUUUUAAGCACAUUGUUAUUUCUGACAAGCAUUGCAGUGGCUGAAUGAUGACCUCCACAAGCACACUUCAUUGCAAUUUACAUCCACUUCAGGUAUUGUUAGUAGUGACAAUCAACACAGUUUUCCUAGGUCCAUUAUACAGCAAAUUACUGUGUAUUGCUGGCUUGACAUACAGUAAUAUAUCACACUCAGCAUGCUCUGGUGCAAAUUCAGUACGACGUCACAUUACAUCUGGUGUGGUUCAGUGCCAGGAGAGCCACACUGACUGUUCAUUCACAGUGAUGACUGCUACACCACUCACAGCUCGGAAAGAUGAAAAAUCACACCUGCCAACUUUCUGAUAUGUGGCGUGUUAAAUCUGAUGCAACCGUGAUGCAACACAUGUUAAUACCGAAUGAAUAAACAGAAUGACCCAACCACAGCACAUUACCAACCUUACUAACUGUCCCUUGUACUUUUUAAUCUUCUGGUAAGGAAUAGAGGACUGCCAUCUCUCUCACUACCUACACAUUGCAAGGAAUGUUAUGGUCCUCACUCAUCAUGGGAAGACAUAGCAGGGCUUUAACACUAAGCUGUUCUGCCACACUCGUUACUUCUUUCUUCUUAACCUAAUCAUUGCUGUUAAUCUUACAAAUUACUAAAUCAGUGAAUCAUAAAAUGAACUCCAAAAAACUAUGAAUCUUUCACUGAAAUAAGGAAUUUUCCAUCCAUAAAUAAAGAAUGCGUGCACAAUACUAACAUAUUAAUAGAUACUCCAACUGCUGCAAAAAUAAAAUUUAGGAUUAUCCACACUGUGUUGCUGAAUAACAGGCUGAAGUACUGCAUGCUGUAUGUUACUUAGGAAGGGACACUGUUAUUGAAAUGAUUUUUUAUUCUUUUUAUUUCCAGUGAUAAGGAAAGCAUAUGAGCCACUUCCCUCUUACAGAAUAACUGGCCAACACCUUGUUCACACUAUCAUUGCCCACAGGAAGGUUUAUGUUGGACUUUAAAGGAAAACGGUAAUACUGCUGACCUUAUGACUAAUUUUGUCACGCAAUCAAUAGACGGUACAGGCUUUAGUGGAAGGCUCAGUUCUAACGCAUAUCACCAUAUUUUCGAGUAAUUUUUCUACUGUGCACCUCCCUGUGUACUAUUUUGCCUUGUUUUUAUUCAUAAAACACCUCCUAAGUCAUGAAAAGCACGCCCUGCUCCUACAACAUGCACCUCCUGUCAUCAGUACCAGCGGGGGCCCCGAGUGUCAUUCAAAAUUUAAAGGUCCGAGGGGAUGGGGGGAUUACAUCAUGUCAAGAUAAACUAAGCCAUCUCCACAGGCACCAGCAUCAGCAUCAGCACUCGCUAUCCCCAAUCUGCCAGGAAGUCAUUACUUAAUCCACGGUGUUGGGAUAAUUAUGCAAACAGUGGCGACAGAAGAUGGGGAGGAGGCUGCCUGGUCACCUGGUGGAGAGCGGGGACUCCACCAUGCUUGUCUCAGAGGCUGGGCCAAGGCUACGAUUUUCAGGCCAUUCUAUGCUCACUGUGCUGACUCACGUGAUGCUCAGUGUUGAUGCCGCUUUAUUCAAUUAUGAGUAAACGCUGGCAUGCUGGAGGUGGUAAGGCCCAGUGACGGCCCCGUGCAGCUGCUCCCGUGAAGACCAGGGUGGCGUGCAGGGGUCGGGACGUGGCCAGCACAGGAUCAAUACAGCGCUAUGCCAGACGACGCGCCUCAACCACCUUCCAAUUUCUUCACUUCCACCACCCACUCCUUAUCCAGACUCACCCACUUCAUCGACGAGAACAUCAGGGUCAUACAGUAUGGGGUGUACUGCGUCGGGGCGGCGGGUGCGGUGGUGGUGCUGCACAGCGUGCGUGCGUUUACGAAGUUUGCCAAGAUCCAAGACAUCCCGAAGGAAUUCAUCAGUAAGCACGUCAGGCUACAUGGACACGUGCGGUGGGUGGGGGUGACGCCGCCCACUCCACCCACCACGCCGCCGCACUCCCAAGCCAACUCCUCGCUGGCAGAAAAUGGAACAAGGCCAGCCCCGUUUUCUUCCGGAACAGAGACCGCAGGAAAGAGGGGCCACGAGGGGGACGGGGGCAGGAGCCUGAGUGCCGACAACCGGGGGAUCUAUGAGGGCGCGGGGGAACUGCAUCCCUGGGAGGACGGCAUCGACCCUGCUCUGGCCAGGAUCAACUAUAUGCAGGACAUGACUCCCCUCUUCCUGCAGGUGGAGCACAGCCCGGUGUUUGCUGUGGUGCGCCGCAAGACAGAUCAACUGCUGCCUCUCCAGCUGGCGGACGUCGAGGUGACAGCGGCAGGGUUGGAACGAGCCAGCAGCAGUUUGGUGGAUCGUCGUGUUUGGUUCACCCUCAUCUCUCACAACGCUGAUGACGACACGCUGGUCUGUUUCAUCAAACCAACCAAGAUAUUCGCAAAGAGUGUGAAUGAGCAGCUGGUGCGUGAUGGCUUGGCGCUGGCGGGACCCCUGAAUCUGCAGCUGCACGGGGAUAAGCGGUACACUCAGCUGUACACCAAGUUGCUGAAGGCUCAGGAAUAUGCCGAGAAGAAGAAACUGGGGAUGUGGAAGCCGUCUGAAGACAAGAAAGGCUUGCUGGCCCGCCUAUGGGGUAAAAUACGUGCCUUCGGUUCUAAGUAGCAGUUAUCCUGACGGUUCCCUUUCACUAAUGCUCAAUUAUAAAGCAAGUGCUGUUAUAGUAGUAUGUGUAGUGACACUGUAUAAAGUUCUUAUUUUUUCGUGAACAAGUUUUAGUUUCUUGUAAAUAUUUGCAGAGUUGGUUUUGUUAGCAUGGAUAGCUAUUAAUAUUUGCAUAUAGACGAGUCUGGCUUCACAAAAGGCUGUUUUCUCUUAGUACAGCUCGAUAUGCACCA